GUUGUCUAAUUAGCAAAGUGCAAACAGUAGAUAGGUGCCGUAUGUUAUUGAGUGUGUAUUUUCUUGUCGUUGUUGUUCACGAAAAAAUAUAAUUAAAUUGAUACGAAAUGGACAGAGUCAGUGUUUUAGAGACGGAAAUAUCAGAACUUCGCAGAAUUUUAAAGGAAAAGGAAAAUGAACUUCAGGAAUUAAAAAGUUUGAUUAGUGAUCAACAAUCAAGUAAAGAAUUAAAUAAUCACAGUCAGCCGAUAAGUGAUGCUUCAAAAUCAUCAGUAGAUGGCUGUCUUCCGAAAUGGGCGAUAGAAAGGUACAGUCGUCAGAUCCUUCUCUCGGACAUCGGCGUCGAAGGACAGGUUAAGAUCUGUUCUGCCAAAGUACUGAUUGUGGGAGCCGGCGGCCUGGGAUGUCCGGCUGCCAUGUACCUUGCCGGGGCGGGCAUUGGCGAAAUAGGCAUCGUGGAUUAUGACGCGGUGGAUCUGACCAACGUGCACAGACAACUGCUGCACCAUGAAAGCAACGAGAACACCAGCAAGGCGUUCUCGGCCGCUGAGUCUCUGAGAUGUAUAAACUCGAAAAUUAAAAUCACACCAUACAACGUUCAGUUGGACUCGAAGAACGCUCAGCAAAUCGCUUCAGCUUAUGACUUGGUGCUCGACUGCAGCGACAACGUCCCGACCAGGUAUCUGUUGAACGACCUGUGCGUUAUGCUAAAGAUCCCUCUGAUAUCGGGAAGCGCUUUGAAAAUGGAGGGGCAGCUCACGAUAUACGGGUACAGGAGACAGGACCAUCACCAGGAGACGUACAUAGGGCCUUGCUACCGCUGCGUGUUCCCCACGCCCCCCCCUCCCGCUGCGGUGGGCAGCUGCUCCGCCCACGGGGUGGCCGGGCCCGUCCCGGGGACCGUGGGAACCCUGCAGGCCCUGGAGGCGAUAAAGUACGUGAUAGGCAGGACCGAGAGGCACCUGCUGGUCGGCCGCAUGCUGCUGUUCGACGGAGAGGACGCGACCUUUAGGGCAGUAAAGUUGCGUCCGAGGAGACCCGCGUGCGUGGCGUGUGGGGACCGCGGAGGGGGCCGCCUGAUCGAUUAUGAGCAGUUCUGCAAUGCGCCGGCCAUAGAGAAGGACUUAGAUCUGGAGGUGUUGCCGCCGGGAAAUCGGGUCAGCGCCAACGAAUUGAACGUAAUGAUGAAUAACGAGGAGCGAAGAGGACGCCAUCUCGUGGUGGACGUUAGGAACGAGCAGGAGUACGCGAUGUGCCACAUUCAGGGCUCGGUCAACUACCCCGUGGAAAACUUGCACCGGAACUUGGAGGAGCUCAUUGAAAAGACCAAGGAAUUUGAUGGAGUCGUAUUUGUAUGUAGACGGGGAAACGACUCUCAAGUCGUAGCAAAGAAGGUUCUAGACGUGACGGACAAGGAGAGAUGGAGUAAAGUGAAGGAUCUGGUGGGAGGAUUGCACUCCUGGUCGAAAAAUGUCGACCCGGACUUCCCAGUCUACUGACCGGCUCCGCGCGGAUCGAUUCAAUAGUGACGCCGGGAAAUUGAGCUUUUAAGUUCUAGACCAAAAACCUUUCGUUGUUUCUUUAUGAGCUGGAUAAGAGUUUGUGGUUCUGCUGCUGAGGCUGGUCCGUAAGCGGAAAUAAGGGUUUAGCGCCCUCUAGUGAGUGCGCGAUCAAAAUAAGCACGUUUCCAUUAAAAGUAAUGGUGCCCCCCAAACACCUAAACCCGCUUCUCUGAAGAGGGCAGUCAGUGUACUAAGACUUACUGUCGGCUUAAGACUACCAUGUCACUUCGCAACGUCGCGAACAACAUGGCGAGCCAAGCUACGUUGCUCUCACCCACUGCCAAGCCAAGCCCAACGUGUGGGGGGGCAGCGACGGCCAACCUUUACAAACCCUUAAUAUGCUAAAUUCGCUCGGAGCCGCCUCGGCACGAAUGACAGCUGUCAAUUUUGACAGGUGUCACUAUUGAAUUAAUUCGUCACAUCGAUAAUAUGGAGGGCAGAAGCAAGGAUCACAAUCUUAGUGUAUUAAAAAGUGUCCGCUGAAAGGCAGCCAAUUAAGGUGGCGCCACAGUAACGAGGGGAGGGAUUUUAAAAACAGCGCCAUAGACUAUCACACUUCAUUUCAAUCAACACACAUCACUUCACAUCACAUCACACAUUUCCAUUUCCCAAACCUAGUGCUAUUUCGGUGAGUCUUCGAACAAUAACUCACUCUAUCAACCUGUCCCCUAUACAAGAUGGAGCUCCUUAUCUCUACCCUCCAUAAACGAUAAUUAGAUUUAAGAGUAAUGAAUAUGUUAUCAUUUUACAUAGGUAACCUUUUGCAAUAAACUUUGAAUACAA